AAUUUCCACUGCGAAUCGAUUCACACAGACACAGCCAGAGUUCUCAUACUAGAAUCACAUACACACAAACACACUAGUCUUACAAAUACGUUGUUUUUAUGUAUCUUCGAAGAGUCUUUUCUGCAACAGCCUUGGAGUGUCUUCUAGUAUGAUAAUGAAGUUGAACAGCCACAACUAGAGGGGACACACAGACAGAGAGAGAGGGGGGUAGUAAUGGAGCUGGUGAAGACACAAGGGGGGACCUACUGCUUAAUUUUUGGCGGGCAGCGACGGUCACUUCCAAUGAUUUUCUUCGGAUGGUGGUGUUUCUCUCAAUGACCCAUCUAAUCGCACUCUUCCACAUUCCUUGGCUUGAGAUCUUGAACCCGUCAAGGCCAAGGCUUCCUCUCUUGUGAUUUUCAAGCUUUUAUUGAGGUGGGUUUUGUUUAUCUGCCAAUUCUGUGCUGCUUUGGGACUUGAAGCGUGAACUGCAGAUUUCAGUCAUAUGAAGAGGUCUUUUACUUUUCUGGAUGUUCUUUUGGUACUCGUAUCGUUCACUCAUGCUCCAUGUGCUGUCAGAGGCCACUUGUAUUGCCAAAGUACCAAUUCUGGGAUGCUUCGGCCUCAUAGCGUCUCUAUUACUGAAUUUGGUGCUGUUGGAGAUGGCAUCACUCUCAACACAAAAGCAUUCCAGAACGCUAUCUUCUAUCUCAAUUCAUUCACUGAUAAGGGCGGGGCCAAGCUUUUUGUUCCUACUGGUCGUUGGUUGACGGGAAGCUUUGAUCUCAUCAGCCAUCUUACUCUCUGGUUGGAUAAGGAUGCAGUGAUUCUCGGAUCAACAAGAUCAGACGAUUGGCCAGUUGUUGAUCCUCUACCAUCAUAUGGACGAGGUAGGGAGUUGCCAGGUAGAAGGUAUCGCAGCCUUAUUUUUGGCCGCAAUCUGACAGAUGUUGUUAUAACAGGUGGUAAUGGAACUAUUGAUGGUCAAGGCAGCAUCUGGUGGGACUGGUUCCAUAAUAAUACGCUGGACUAUACCAGGCCACAUCUGAUUGAGUUGAUGAAUUCAACAGGGAUUUUAAUAUCUAACCUCACCUUUCUGAACUCACCAUUUUGGACAAUCCAUCCUGUAUACUGCAGCCAUGUUACCGUCCAGAACGUUACAAUCCUUGCACCUCUUGAUUCACCAAAUACAGAUGGUAUUGAUCCAGACUCUUCAAGUGAUGUUUGCAUUGAAGACUGUUACAUCAGUACCGGUGACGAUCUUGUUGCUAUCAAAAGUGGGUGGGAUGAGUAUGGAAUUUCAUAUGCUCACCCUUGUACAAACAUAAUCAUCCGCCGGCUUGUUGGACAAACUCGAACCAGCGCUGGUAUUGCAAUUGGCAGUGAGAUGUCAGGGGGUGUAUCAGAAGUCCAUGCUGAAAAUCUGCAGUUUUUCAAUUCAAACACAGCUAUAAGGAUAAAGACAUCUCCUGGGAGGGGAGGCUAUGUGAGAAAUAUCUACAUAUCAAAUGUCACAUUGACUGAUGUACAUGUUGCUAUCAAGUUUACUGGUCAGUAUGGAGAGCAUCCUGAUGAGUUCUAUGACCCAAAUGCUCUUCCUGUAAUAGAACGAAUUACGUUCAAAGAUGUCACCGGAGAGAAUAUAAAAUUUGCAGGCCUUUUAGAGGGCAUUGAACGGGACAACUUCCGCAAUAUCUGCCUUUCCAACAUUACCCUCAAUGUCACCUCAAAGUAUCCUUGGAAUUGCUCCUAUGUUCAAGGAUAUUCUGACCUAGUGUUGCCAGCAGCUUGCUAUCCUCUCAAGAAGAGAAUCUACCCUGAACAUUAUCAAGACUGUUACCAUCUGCAUAAUCAUUUGCAGAUUUCAAGCCAUCAGAAAAGAGGUUCUCAGUUGCUUUCUUGGUGAACUGAUGGAAACAAAAAGGAAAAGAUGAUGUGGUCGACGUACUUUCGAGAAGGUUUUAUCUUAGUUAAACAUUGAUUCUUGCCAUUUGUCUUUAGGAAAGGGUUCGACUGGAGUUACUGAUGAACAGGAAAGGGUUUUGGUUGGAGUUACUAAUCUAUAGUUGGGUGACUUGUGAGAUGGGUUGAUGGGAAUUGAUUGUUUUCUUGUAACUUUGUGUGUAGUAGUAACAAAUAAUUGAGUGAAAAUAGGAUGAGUGUAUUGCUUUGAAA